CGUGCUAACUUACAGAAUGCGUUAUCGCUAAAUGUUGCCUGCGCAUGGAGCUAGCUUCGUAUGUCAACAUAACUGCGCGCAGCAUGUACGUCUGGCUAACUAUUUUAGCGGGGUUGGCUGUUUUGCCAGCAAUACUGAAACCGUUCUUCCCCUAUUUUUUUCAGGAUCUUAGGUACAUUCUUAAAACGAUUCGAUUUGGAAUCAGGCUUACCAAAUACAAAAGAGGGAAACCCCUCUAUAGCAUUCUGGAUUGUUUUUUGGAUGCUGUGAAGAAACAUCCAAAUAAGAUCUUCAUUCACUUUGAAGGAAAGUCGUACACUUAUCUGGAGGUUGACAAACAGAGCAAUAAAGUAGCCAAUGCUUUACGGACUUAUGCCUCGCUCAAAGAAGGGGAUACUGUCGCCUUGUUCUUGGGGAAUGAGCCUUGUUAUGCAUGGACAUGGCUGGGCCUGGCCAAACUUGGCUGCCCUGUGGCCCUUCUCAACUACAACAUAAGGGCGAAAUCACUGCUGCACUGUUUCUCCUGUUCAGGAGCCAAAGUUCUAAUCGCGGCUGCAGAGCUGCGGUCAGCAGUGGAGGACGUGUUGCCAGUGUUGAAGGAGCAGGGCAUAUCCGUGUACCUGCUGUCCGACGAGAAGGGCACCACAGAUGGCAUCAGCUGCAUCUCCGAGGCGAUUAGCCAGGCACCAGAGACACCUAUCCCACGCUCGCUUCGUGCCAACGUGGGCAUCAGGAGCAUCGCCCUCUACAUCUACACCUCAGGCACUACAGGUCUUCCCAAGGCUGCACUAGUGACCCAUGAGAGGGUGUGGGCGGCCUCCUUCGUCCAGGCCAUGUCUGGGGUGACCAGCACAGACGUCUUCUACAUCAACCUGCCGCUCUACCACAGCGCAGGCUUUCUCAUCGGCCUCGCCGGCUCCAUCGAGAGAGGCAUCACUGUGGUUCUCCGGAGGAAGUUCUCGGCCUCGCAGUUCUGGGAGGACUGCAGGAAGCACGAUGUGACCGUGAUGCAGUACAUCGGGGAGACGCUACGGUACCUCUGUAACACCCCACAGAAAGACAACGAGAAAAAUCACAAGGUGCGGAUCGCUAUUGGCAACGGUGUGCGCACUGACGUCUGGAACGAGUUCCUGCAGCGCUUCGGCAACAUCUACGUGCGUGAGCUGUACGCUGCCACCGAGGGAAACGUCGGCUUCAUCAACUACACCACCAAGGUCGGCGUGGUGGGACGCGUCAACUUCCUGCACAAGCGGAUCUUCCCGUACUCGCUGAUCAAGUUCGACGCAGACAAGGAGGAGCCUGUACGCAACGCUGAGGGGCUCUGUGUGAAAGCCGCCAAAGGCGAGACAGGGCUGCUGGUGGGGAGGAUAACGAAACACUCUCCGUUCGUGGGCUACGCUGGGAACAAGCAGCAGACGGAGAAGAAGCGUCUGCAGGACGUGUUUGUUAAAGGAGACCUGUACUUCAACAGCGGAGACCUCCUCAAGAUCGACCACCACAACUUCGUCUACUUCCAGGACCGCGUGGGCGACACUUUCAGGUGGAAGGGGGAGAAUGUGGCUACGACGGAGGUAGCCGACAUCCUGAGCACGGUGGACUGCAUCGAUGAGGCCAACGUCUAUGGUGUCAAAGUGCCAGGUCAUGAGGGCAGGAUCGGGAUGGCUGCCAUCACGUUACAGGAAGGGAAGGAGUUUGAUUGUGUCGACACCUGUCGUCACGUGGCCAACUACCUGCCUGUUUACGCCAGGCCGCGCUUCAUACGCAUCCAGAGCUGUCUGGAGAUGACUGGAACCUUCAAGAUGAAGAAAGUGAAGCUGGUGGAGGAGGGCUUUGACCCCGGGGUCAUUCAGGACGACCUUUACUUCCUGCACCUGGAAGAGAAGAAGUACGUGCCGCUCACCAGUCAGAUCUACGACUCGAUCCUGGCCAGAGAGAUCAAGCUGUAGCCAGUGGAGAGAGGUGGACUGUGGCUGAAGCAGCACCGUAGCGGUUCUUGUUCUUCGGGUUCUGUAUUUCCAGGAAUUAACACAGAUAGCCUUAUGACUAAUCUCAGGGAGGAUUUGUACAUUAAUCACACGUAGAGUAGAGCUAAAGCAGCUGUUCAGCGGUCCACGUCCUUCAGACACAGUACGCAGCCCAGCAGACUGGAACGUGUUCUCAGGCAGACGCUCCACUACGGUACGUCUGACGUCUAACCGAUACUGUUCUAAAUGGAAGAACCGAUACGGUUCUAAAUGGAAAAAUGUAAUUUCUACAGAAUAAUAAAUUACUAAUAAAAGCAA